AUGUCCUCUGUUUUCGACGGUGCCAUUGGUAUUGAUUUGGGUACUACCUACAGCUGUGUCGGUGUUUAUAUGGGAGACAAUGUUGAAAUCAUUCCCAACGAUCAAGGUAAUCGAACCACUCCAUCCUAUGUUGCGUUCACAGAUCAGGAACGUUUAAUUGGAGAUGCUGCCAAGAAUCAAGUUGCCAUGAAUCCUCAUAAUACAGUCUUUGAUGCCAAACGUUUGAUUGGACGAAAAUUUAUGGAUCCCAGUGUACAGGCAGAUAUGAAACAUUGGCCUUUCAAGGUCAUUACAAAGGGAGAUGAUAAGCCAUACAUUCAAGUCGAAUAUAAGGGAGAGGUUCAUACUUUUACACCAGAACAAAUCUCGAGUAUGGUUCUCACUAAAAUGAAGGAAAUUUCAGAAGCUUAUUUAGGUAAAAAGGUGAAAAAAGCAGUAGUGACAGUUCCUGCCUAUUUCAACGAUUCACAAAGACAAGCAACCAAAGAUGCUGGUACCAUUGCUGGUUUGGAUGUUUUACGUAUUAUCAAUGAACCUACAGCUGCUGCCAUUGCUUACGGACUCAAUAAGAAGGGCGAACGAAAUGUUCUCAUUUUCGAUUUGGGAGGUGGUACAUUCGAUGUCUCCAUUCUGAACAUUGAAGAAGGAGUUUUCGAAGUCAAGGCCACAGCAGGUGACACUCACUUGGGUGGAGAAGACUUUGAUAACCGAAUGGUCGAAUUCUGCUGUCAAGAAUUUAAGAGAAAACACAGAAAAGAAUUGCAUGAAAAUCCACGAGCUUUGAGAAGAUUGAGAACUGCCUGUGAAAGAGCCAAGAGAAAUUUAUCAAGUGCUGCCAAUGCCACCAUUUCUGUCGAUUCCAUUAUGGAUGGCAUUGAUUUGGACAUUCCAAUGACUCGAGCCAAAUUCGAACAAUUGAAUAUGGAUCUCUUUAAACACUGUUUCGAACCAGUCAAGAAGGUUUUACAAGAUUCUGGUUUGGACAAGUCACAAAUUGAUGACGUUGUCUUGGUCGGUGGUUCCACUCGUAUUCCAAAGGUCCAAGAAAUGCUCAAAGAUUUCUUCAAUGGAAAGGAAUUGUGUAAAUCGAUUAAUCCAGAUGAAGCCGUUGCUUAUGGAGCAGCCGUUCAAGCUGGUGUCUUGACUGGAAAGGAAACUCGAGUCUUGUUAAUUGAUGUCACACCAUUGAGUUUGGGAAUUGAAACUGCUGGUGGAGUCAUGACCAAGUUAAUUGAAAGAAAUACCACCAUUCCAUGUAAGAAGUCAGAGACCUUCACCACGUAUGCCGAUAAUCAAACUGCAGUCACUAUUCAAGUCUAUGAAGGUGAAAGAACCAUGACCAAAGACAAUCACUUGUUGGGUCGAUUCAACUUGGAAGGAAUUCCUCCAGCUCCCAGAGGUGUGCCAAAGAUUGAAGUCACCUUUGAAAUUGAUGCAAACGGUAUUAUGAAAGUCGCUGCCAAAGACGAAUCUUCUGGAAAGACUGAGAAUAUUACCAUUACUAAUGAUAAGGGAAGAUUGAGUAAGGAAGAAAUUGAAGACAUGCUCAAGAAGGCCAAAGAAAUGGAAAAGGAAGAUCAAGUCAUGAAGGAAAAGAUUGAAGCCAAGAAUCAACUCGAGUCGUAUGCUUAUCAUCUUAAAUCGAGCAUUGAAGAUCCUAAUGAUGAGUUUGAGAGAAGAAGAAAGGAUUUGGAACAUACUUGUGCUCCUAUCAUGACCAAAUUGUAUCAAGCAGGAGCUGGUCAACCAGCAAGUGAACCACAUUUCAAACCUUCAUCCCAAGCAUCAGCAGGAACAUCGCAACAAACCUCUCAACCCAAGUUCGAGGAUGUAGAUAUUGAUUAA